UCCACACAAGACGCCAACCAAAGACAUUUAUGAACAUUCUAUGCAAGAGACACACCUCGGUAUUAUGCUCGGCAGUCAUACCAAACACUAUUAAAUUGGAGCUUGAAUUUCACUGUUUUAACACUGAAUCCAUGCGCCUGUGAUAGCAGCAGCUAGAGCAAACACAAGCAUCCAUGGCUUCUUCUCAUCUUCUUUGCAAUACUUUUCAUUUCCAACCAUCUUGCAAUCUAUCAAGUAAAAGCAAUAUCUCUUCGUUUAAGCCCCGUGGGCCUUUUUCUUUUUGCCAACAACUUCAAUUUCCAAAGACCCCAGUUGUUAAAGCCACAGGAAAGAAAGUAGAGCUAGUGUAUGAUCCUGAUGGAAGGAUAAACAACUUGGCUGAUGAGGUGGAUAAACAGGCUCCUCUCUCAAGGCUCACCCUUUUCUCACCUUGCAAGGUUAAUGUUUUCUUGAGAAUAACCAGUAAGAGAGAAGAUGGGUAUCAUGAUUUGGCUUCUCUAUUUCAUGUGAUUAGUCUAGGAGAUGUGAUCAAAUUCUCUCUGUCGCCAUCAAAAGGUAUUGAUCGAUUAUCAACCAAUGUGUCUGGUGUGCCCCUUACUGAAGAUAAUUUGAUCAUUAAAGCCCUUAAUCUUUACAGGAAAAAGACCGGCACUGACAACUUCUUUUGGAUUCAUUUAGACAAAAAAGUGCCCACUGGGGCAGGGCUUGGUGGUGGGAGCAGCAAUGCUGCAACUGCCCUGUGGGCCGCAAAUCAAUUUUGUGGCUGUCUUGCUACUGAGAAGGAGCUCCAAGAAUGGUCAAGUGAGAUUGGUUCAGAUAUCCCCUUCUUUUUUUCUCAUGGAGCAGCCUACUGUACUGGUCGUGGUGAGAUUGUUCAAGAUAUUCCUUCACUAGUACCUUUGGAUAAGCCAAUGGUUCUCAUAAAGCCCCCACAGGCAUGUUCAACUGCAGAAGUUUACAAGUGCUUUCAAUUGGAUAAAACCAGUCAAGCCGAUCCUUUAACAUUGCUAGAGAAGAUCUCAAGGAAUGGAAUAUCUCAAGAUGUUUGUAUCAAUGAUUUAGGUAUGAGUCUACAGAGAUACAUGAGCUUGCUUUCUUUUCCUCCUUUUCAAAAUACCUUUUUUGUCUUCUGUUCUUUCUACGGUUUCCUGCUUUCCGAUUAGUUAAUCCUGCGUGAAAAGCUAUGGUUGUUUUUGAUUUCUGGAUAACCAAUUUGGUUUUUGUUCUUAGCCCAAUAAAUUAUUUAUGAAGUAACUGGAAAACACAAGUUUUGUUAUAGAAUAUAUGAAACACACUAUCACAGCUACACGUUGCUGUCCCAUGCAUCAUGCAUCAAAAAGAUCUUUCUGGUAGAUCCCAAUUUAUUGGAUAUGACACAAGCUGGUUCUAAUUGGCACGGUA